AUCCGAUGCUGAUCGUAGAUCGCUAUCUGUUUGUAGUGUUAACGCGCAAAGCACGCUGCAAACCUCACGUCAGGAGAUUGUUCUGCUGACCCCAAAACAGCAGUACUGUUAGUACCGGCGCGAAAGAGCCACAGGGACCGGUGGGCUACGGCCGCACGUUUGCUGCAUUCGUUUCAGGUUUUUAGCGUUUAUUAUCGCCAAGAUAUAUCGCCUCUUUGAUCUGAUCGGUGUUACGCAGUUCUUGUGCUGUGCACCACUCGAAACCUCUGCAUGUCGACGCCAUCGAAAUAUCUUCCUUGCCAAGGUGGAGAAACCAAAGCUUAGCCCGAAAUCUUAUAAGCAUCGCACACUCUUGUUGAUUAUUGGCAUCAAGGUGUAGUGUCAUCUGAAAACGAGCUCACGGAAUCGCGGUGUGCUGUAGUAUAGUCUUUUGAAGAUCAGAGAUGGCUGGGGAGAUGAGCGAGGACGUGCUCACGGAGAUCCUCUCGAGGCUGCCGUGCAAGUCGCUGGCGCGGUCCCAGUGCGUGUCCACUUCAUGGCAGCGCCUAAUCUCCAGCGAUUACCUCCGCCGGAGGCUGCCGCUCAUCACGUCGGGUGUGCUCUUCCACGACGGCCCGCGCGGUGGUGACGACGGCAGGAAGCAGGCGUACACGUACGCGUGCGCGUCGGACGGCGGCGGCGGCGGCGUCGCGGAGGCGGCCAACAUGGGCUUCUUCCCGUGCCACGACACGUCGACCAUCAUCGACGGCUGCAACGGCCUGCUGCUCUACUACGCGUCGCACCCGGCGGCGUUCCACGUCGUGAACCCGACGACGCGGCGGUGGGCGGCGCUGCCGGCGCCGGGAAGCAGGACGCUGCUCUCCUUGCUGGCGUUCGACCCCUGCGCCUCCCCGCACUACAAGGUGCUGUGCUUCACCGGGUGGCUCCCACGGGGCGCGUCCAUCGAGGUGUUCGACUCCGAGGCCGGCACGUGGCGGGAGCACGAGGUCGACUUCGGCCUCGACACUGACGCCAUGUGGGCCACCAUGCACUACUUCGGCGGCGCGCUCCACGUGCUGGCUCACUCGGGCCACGUCGUCCGCGUCGACCUGGACACCAUGGCGUGCGCGGUGAUUGCGCUGCCGGCGCCGGUGAGCUGCGGGCACUGCCGCGGCCGGCUGCGCUACGCGUCCAGCGACGGCUCGCGCCUCAAGAUAUGGGAGCUCAAGGACGCAGACGCAGCAGAUUGGGCGCUAAAGCACGAGAUCGGGGUCAAGGACCUCGUCGCCGGCAAGCCCAACGACUCGAGCCAAGCGUUCCACCCGGAGAGGGAGGUGGUGUACCUGUGGGCGCCGUGGAAGCUGGUGGCGUUCGACAUGGUUGAGAGGCGCGUCGAGGAGGAGUGGGUGUUCGGCUCGGAGAAAGAAAGCGCGCAUCUCAUCCAGAUCUGGUUGUCUCCGUUCUCGUGCCAUUUGGCCAACUGCCUAGCCUGAUCAGACUAGCCGACGCACUGAACUCGAGCCGCGUCGAGGA